CAUGUAAUAAUUGCCAUCUAGGACGAGGAAAGCAGAGUUCCUCAAACUUAAAGGGGCGGUACACGUUUCGCGUCUCAUUGUUUUAUGUGGUUGUGUUCCGUUUUAAACGCACAGCCACAGAACUCUAGCCGUACACUGGUUUAACAAGGAAUGUCAAGUUGGUAAAAUCGGGCUCAAUGGCGUACGAUUCGUUAGGCAACGAGAGAGGUCGUGCAAAUGGUGGAGAUCCUGUAUGGGCGAUGCACCAAAUGCAAUCAAAUCCCAAAGGAACCUGGCCUCCUUAUAGCAACAACUCGGAAAACAACAACUGGAAUGCCCCUAUGGUGACAGGCAGUCGGGACUCAGUACCCUACCCUGGCUAUCCAUCCAACUACUGGUACCCACCAUCUCACCCAGCCGGUCCAUAUUCAAAUACAUAUUCUCCUGGAACAGAAGUCAAUGGACAGACUCCAUACAACCCCCAGGCAAUGCCAGCCUACCAUAACGGGGUCUAUUCCGGUGCUCUCCACCCCUCCAACCCCUUCUAUUGUGGUGAUCAGCCACCAGGAACACCCCCAUACCCGUCCCAAGGGUGCCCUAAUCCUGCGACAGUAGGAGUGGGCCAGCACCCUUCUCACCACCAACGUUAUCCCGUUCCACACUGCCAGGGGGCUCCUGGUUACCCUCCUGCUUCCUACUCUCACUACGGAGAUGGAGUUCAUUCAGUACCCCAGAGCCAUGCGUAUCCUGCUCAGCCUGCAGUGCCCUCGAGACCUCCAGCCGAAGCCUGGUCUCACCCAGGGGGCUACGGGCACCCUCCUCACCAACAGUGGCAGCCAGGCCCCCAGCCACCUCCUGGCCACUAUGGAAACCCUUUCCUCUCCACACAUCACUCACCCUGGCCCAGCCCUGAGCCUGCCACGCCACAGUACGACCCAAAGCAGGACUCUCAGUACUGCGGCUACUCCCACCCAAAUCAGCCUCCUCAUCCCGGUGGACCCAAGCCCAGGUCACCGAACCCUAACCCCGGACAGGGCGGGGAGUACAGCGCCCCCCCGCAGUUGUACGGCAAGACGGGAACGGCACAGGAGCCUGCCCCGCCUCGAGAGGCGUCUCCGCCGAGCGACAACCCCGGCCUGUCCCGGGUGCAGCAGGUCCUGGCUCGGGUGGGCCUGCUGGAGGAGGACGUCGACGAGUUCGUGGGUCAUAAAACGGACAAGAGCUACCGCUGCCUGGAGGAGCUGCUCACCAAAGAGCUGCUGGAGCUCGACUCGGUGGAAACCGGGGGGCAAGAUCUCGUCCGGCAGACCAGAAAGGAGGCCGUGCAGAAAGUACAAGGCAUUCUCGACCGCCUGGAAAGGAAAGCUUUCUAGAGCCUCCCCAUGUUUCUUUUAGAAAGAUGCACUCCUCCCAUCAUCCCAGCAUUGGCACAGUGGCCCCACAUCCUGGUGAUCCCUCCUUUUCCUGUUCCACUGACCCCUGUAACUCUUAAAGGAUUCUCCCAUGUAUAUUUUAGAUGAGCAAUGAUAUUAAUCAUUCAGGCCAUCCCUGGUCCCAGAGAGUCCAGUUUUCCAGAACCCAGCAGGAUUUAUGGGUCACCCAUGAACCUUCAAAUUCCAGACACUUUCAGCAAUUUUCCUUUGAGCACCGAACCAGGUGAGUUAUUCAGUUAGACCCUUUGUAGAUUCUUUGAAAUGAAGCCCUCUUAGCCCUUAAGAACCACCAAUGUUUGUUUCUGUCUAGAAUUGAUCCAAACCUCACAUGCCUUCCAAGUUUUAAGAAGUGGAGGAUUUAGGGGUGACCCGCAGGACUCUGACCCUCCAGAGCUGGUUUUGCCACCCAUGAUUUCUGAGGUGUCCCAAGAGUCGCUGUAUUGCACAUUCCAUAAAAAUUAGAUUCACCUAAUCUUGCUGGGGUAUCUACCAACAUGGAAAGGGCUAAAGUACUGUUCUGGGGUCUCUUUUUCCCUGUAUCGUUUUUUUUGUCACUGAUUUUUUGCAUUCAUUCUUUUAUUUCCACUCAGCUGUUGCAGAGACAUUCAGAAUUGGAGUAACUAGGAGGUGCUGUUUGGGGAAAUAAUAGUUUACAUAUAAUCAAAUAUGGAUAACAUUUUUUAUAAAGUGGAUUAUUUAUAAACAUUUAUUUUUACAGAUAUAUAAUUUAUAAGCGUUGUACUUGAAAACGAUAUCCACCCUCUUCUGGGAUUCCCAGAGUACACUAGGUGUUGGUGUAUAUGGAGCACAAAGUGCGCUAGGUGAUCCACUAAUGAUAUGAAUUGGCGUCAUGUCCUUGUAUGAGUAGAUUGGCACAAGGCCAUUGGACUUUACUGGUUUGUCUUAUUUCUUACACUUACAUUUUUCCUUGUGAAAAUGUGAAGUUCUUCCCCGUCUGUUGUCUGUUUGGUCUGUAUCCCAGUACCUGUGAUGAAACAAGUUGGUUCGGCUGGGAGGUAUUGGGGUCCCCUUCCCCAUUGUGAGAGAGCACGGGUAGUGUCCGGCUAUGUUGAGGAAGCUGCUGUACAGAGAACUUAUACAGCUCUGUAGGAAAUAAAACAGCUUGAUUGUACUUUUAGGUUUGCAUUUAUUUUUACAAACAUUUGUGUCUAUUUUUAAGUGUUUCCAGGGUUGAUGUGGGCACCUUAAUGUACCUGACUGUUUUCAGUCGCUUUUACUUUUAAUAUGAUGUAAUGAGUCUGUUGUUCUCAAUUUACACAUUAUGUGAGUAGUGGGUUUAUUUGAUAAAACUUUUAGUUUCGUUUUGCGUUCAGAGACAUCUGUCGGCACUGAUCAUGAACAUUCUUACCAAAGUAUUUCUCAUAAAAGUAGAUCAUUAUUAAUGAUGAAAAGUGUAAUGUUUGUGACUUUGAAGUAAACAGCUGUCUAUAGUCAGGUUCUUUAAAGAUUACCUGUGUUGUAGACCGCUUCUAUCCUUGGUUGAUUUGGGGAAAAAAUAAUAUUACUAGUCUUACUGGCAAAAUACAAAAAUCAUUCGUGACUUAGCAAAUGAUAUGUUUUGAUAGAAUUCCCAUUGUGUUCAUCCCAGCUAGGUUGUUUAUUCAGACCGAAAACAGAGAGACCACCCUGCAAUUUUCAAACAUAUUGUUUGAAAUCCUUAAUCCAUCUCUGGGGGAAAAUGACUACCACGUAAACAUUUUAUACAUCUUGAAAAGAACUAUCCAUUCCAGUCACAAAUCAUUGAAAAAAUCAUACAGGUCUGAAUUAACGAUCCAAAAAAAUGCAUGUUGUUGCAUAUAAUGUCCAUAUUGUUUGCUGUAUGUGUAAGAAUUAUUUUCGCAAUGGCACCUUCUAAAACUGAUACUGCAUUUUACACAGAACUCUGAGAGCAGUUUUUAUUUGAGCAGUGAGUGGAGCCAGAGGAAAUGACUGUCCUACACCAGUUCAUCUCUGUGUUGUCACUAGUCACAGUGUGGGAUACCAGGCUGGAACUUGCCAAUAUCAGAAUACUACCUGAUCAAUCUUUCAGUCUGACCAAGACCAAGACCUCCAUUUGAACAUUUUGUGGAUGCAAAGCUUGAGAAGAUGGAAAACCUGCUUAUAUUCUGUAACUACCAAAUAAAUAUCCUAGAAUCACAUUAUUAUGGGUUCCUAGAGGCACAAAAGUCAUUUUUUGUGAUUGUAAUGUUAGAUUUUUGUUUAAGUAAUGAAGGAUAUUUUUUUCUUAGUACUGUAAUAUUGGCAGGCGUUUUUAUCAUCUACCAAAUCUGUGGAGCUUUGCAAAUGAAAGGAGAAAAUGUUUCAGUAAUCUGAUCAAAUUUUUGUUUCUGCUUAAAGUUCCUUGACAGUCUGAAGGGAGGAUAACUAUGUACAUAUCAUCAGUUUCUUUAAUAAAAGUUUUCAGUUUGUACA